AUGUUUAAAAGAGUUGAUUAUUCACAAAAUUCAAGUAAGGCAAAUUCGCUAGAGCCAGAGCAUUUGGAACCUACGGAAACACCGCCAGAAUUGAUUCCAACGCCAGAAUAUGAUUCAUGUGGUCCCCUUCGGAGUAAUAGUGGCAACAACAUGAAGAAGAUUGCAAGUGGCAGCAGCAGUGGCGGUGCAUUAAGUUCGCUACCAUCAUUCCAUAGAAGACCGUUAACAGAUACUCCCAUAACUAGUGAAUUUGCUUCUCCUGGAGAUUCACAUGAAGCCACGCCAGAAGUAAGUCCCAAGGAAAGUCAAACUGAAUUGAAAAAUUUAUUAGAUAAGCAUAACCAGCAUGAUAAUAAAAAUAGUAAAGAUGGUAAUGAAACUAUCAAUAAUAAUAGCAUACGAAGUUUCGCUGCUGCCUCAACUGCCGUUACAUCAGAUUCCACAUCAACAUCUACUGCAACAUUAAUGACGGAUUCUACCAUAGUAAAUGCAAUGACUUCCAAAAUAUCAUACCCAAAGAGGAGGCCAACGACAAUAGAUGUCCCUGGGUUAACCAAAUCUAAGACAUCACCCGAUGGGAUCAUCUCCAGUACAGAUUACGGAUCUAAACUAGUGAUUGUCAUGGUUGGUUUACCAGCUACGGGGAAAUCCUUCAUUACAAACAAACUAUCAAGAUAUUUAAAUUAUUCCAUGUACUAUUGUAAAGUUUUUAAUGUCGGGAACACAAGAAGACAAUUCACUGAACAGAAGGGGUUGAGUGAGCAAGACUCCAAAUUUUUCGAUCCUAAGAAUCCAGAAUCCACGAAAUUGAGGGAAAAAUGGGCUAUGGAUACGUUAGAUGAAUUAUUGAAUUAUUUAUCAGAGGGUCCCGGAUGUGUAGGGAUCUUUGAUGCUACCAAUACAACGAAGGAGAGAAGGAAGCAUCUUUUGGAGAAGAUACGUAAAAGGAAUAAAUAUUUGAAGGUUUUAUUUUUGGAAUCCAUUUGUAGUAAUAAAGAUCUAGUGGAGAAAAAUGUUAAAUUGAAACUAUUUGGACCUGAUUAUAAGGGGAAAAAUCCAGAUCAAUCAUUGAAGGAUUUUAGAGAUAGAUUAAAAAACUAUAUGCAAGCUUAUGAACCAAUUGAAGAUAGUGAAGGUAUCCAAUAUAUUAAGAUGAUUGAUGUAGGUAAGAAAGUUAUUGCUUACAAUAUUGAAGGGUUCUUAGCUUCACAAACAGUGUAUUAUUUAUUAAAUUUCAAUUUAACUGAAAGACAAAUAUGGAUAACAAGAAAUGGUGAAAGUGUAGAUAAUGCUCGGGGGCGUAUAGGAGGAAAUUCACAUCUUACGAGUAGAGGUGACAAAUAUGCCAAAUGUUUAGCCAAAUUUAUGGAUAAACAACGAAUAGCAUUUUACACAAGGAAAAUAGAAAAUGAAUCUAAGUCAAAAGAAGAUGGGAAACUUUCUAAAAGAAAAGCUUCCACCGUCCAAUUAAAUGAUUUUUUCGUAUGGACGAGUAUGUUGACUAGAUCUAUUGAAACCGCAAAAUAUUUUAAUGAAGAUGAUUAUCCUAUAAAGCAAAUGAAAAUGUUGGAUGAAUUAGGGGCGGGUGAUUUUGAAGGAAUGACAUAUCCAGAAAUUCAAGGGAAAUUCCCAGAGGAAUUUGAAGAGAGACAAAAGGACAAAUUAAGGUAUCGCUAUCCAGGGAUGGGUGGAGAAUCCUAUAUGGAUGUUAUUAAUCGUUUAAGACCCGUCAUUACGGAAUUAGAAAGAAUUGAAGACAAUGUAUUGAUCAUUACUCAUAGGGUUGUCGCAAGAGCAUUAUUAGGUUACUAUAUGAAUUUAGACGUUGAUAUUAUUGCAAAUUUAGAUAUACCUUUACAUUGUGUGUAUUGUUUGGAACCAAAGCCAUAUGGAAUAACAUGGUCAUUAUGGGAGUAUGAUGAAGAAGACGACGAUUUCUAUGAGGUACCUGCAUCCGAAUUGAAUACGACAAGAGUGAAAGAAAUUGGACUUGUGCAUAAAGAGAGAAGAUAUUCAGUAGUCCCAACAGCGCCCUCUUCCUCAGUAAGUUCAACAAGUGAUUUCUUAUCUAAACGUCCUCUUUCCAAGAGCACUUCUUUGAAUGAAAAUGGUCUUGUUGAUACUCAGUCUAGAAUGAAUAAACUUGACAUGCUAGAUGGUGGUGGUACAUCUAUAUCUACUUUCCACUCAAGACAAGUUCCAAAUAGGAAAUUUGAACACCCAAAUCCGAAAAACAAAUUAUUGAAUAGACAGAAUUUUGAAAUUGAUAGACUUAAUGAAAAAUUGUCUUUAUUAAAGACCAAAUAUGAAUCUACCGAAAAGAAUAAUGAAAAUAAAUCUAGCCCGCGUGGAACCCCACCAAUGACCAGAAGUCAAAGUCAUAAUUUAUAA